GUUUUUCUUUUCUUUGCGGUGGUGGUGUUGUUAUUGGGAUGCAGUGGUAGUGCAGUGCAGUGCGGAGUAGUGCGGAGCAGUGAGUCAGAGAUAGUCAGCUCUCCUUCUCUUCCUUUCAUCCUCCUCCUCCCUACUCCCUCUUGCUUUCUCCACAGGUCAUGGUCUGUGCAUCUUCUGCACUUCUCCAAGAUUCCCUGCUCGCCUUCUGCUCACUCCUCGCUUCCCUACUCCUUCCUCAUGCUUCAUGCUUCUCCCUUUGACGCUGUUUGUGAUGUGGAGCUCGACGUGGGGUUGUAUUGUGCCUGCGAGUCAAGCCUGUGGAGCAAAUUAUGACUUCAGAUUAGGGGGAUUUCGAUCGCGUGCGUGCUAGGGGUGUUGGCGAGGAAGAGGAAAGAGGAGAGUUUGGAGGUGUAUGAGUUUGCGAGAGAUUUGUUUUACGUGGCUUGUCGCAUUUGGGGACGAGGAUUUUGUUAGUUCGAGAGAGAGAGUGUGCAGAAAAAUGAUGAGCUUGUUGGAGCGUGGGACUGUUUUAGCGAGUGGAAGUAUCUUUGUCGCGGUUUUUUAGAUUCUGCAGGUGAAUCUGAAAUGCGGGGAGGAAUGUGUUGAUGAAGAGGUCUGAUUGGUGCAUAUCAUUGGCAUGCAACGUUAAUGAAGAAGGUCCCUCCCCCCGGUUACAUUCCUGUUUUGUGCAAUUGAGGGCGCGGGUAUCUGGUAGGUAGCUCUGAGUUUAUUUAGAUUUGACCAGAGUGACAUCGAGAGUAAGAGGGUGUGCGUGUGUGUGGCACGGGGCCGAGUUUUUGUAGUUGAAGAUUGCUGCAUCACGAACGAAAAAGUGCUACUUAGGUGAACUCUAGUCCCACCGAAGUAGUACAAGUUUACAGGGUUAGCAGCAAUGAAAUUGAGACUGAGGGCUCGGGUGAACGAGUGCACGCAGUUACGCAAUCAGAAUGAACGAUGGCGGGGUUUGGGCACUGGUUCUGGUUGCCGGAAAAGAUCCUGCCUGUUCAAGCACACCGUGACGAGGGCGUGAGGGGCUAAUCUUCUCGGUCAGGAAAUACGGCAGAGGGGAUGGACGGUGCAUGUUCCCCAAAUUUCGAUAAACUCAGUCGUUUUGAGCUUGAGGCGUGAGCUUUGACUUGAGCUACCGUUUGAUAACCGGAAAAUGUGGAUUUGAUCUUGAAAUUUUCCUCAGGACGUCAAUUGUUCUAUUUGCUGGGGGAAUGCGUGAGAUAGAUUUGAAAACAUUGAGAUCAUGACUGGGCCAGUCAUUGUUGCAAACGGUUAAGAGUAUCAAGAGCAAGAGGAAACCGUGGACUGAGAAGGGAAGCAGAGAAAAAAAAGCAGUUGUGUUGGGACACGGCUUGGGUUGAGUUUAAGUGGAAAAUGCUGGAUACUGAAGAGGGCCCGCCGGCCGUUCACUACCGUUCCGGCGAGGAUAGUGGGGAAGAGGGGCUUGCGGUUCUACCCAGACACACGAAGGUCCUGGUCACGGGCAAUAAUCGCACCAAGUCUGUCCUUGUGGGACUUCAUGGAGUUGUUACCAAGGCCGUCGGUCUUGGAGGGUGGCACUGGCUGGUUCUCACAAAUGGCGACGAAGUCAAGCUUCAGCGGAAUGCCUUGAGUGUAAUCGAAGCUCCUUCUGGUCACGAAGAGCAUGACGAAAAUGAAGACAAUCCGUUUUCUAGUGGGACAAGUCUAGAAGAUAAUGUUCCCCGAAAUGCAUUCAAGCCAAGAGUUCAGCUGCGAAAGCCGUCUAUGACAAUUGCACGUCGUCCAAGUGCAGCAGAUGAGGAUGUUCUAGCAGCCGAACACGCAAAUUUCAACCGGAUGUUUGAGAAGAGAGACGAGGUGGAUGAGGGAACAAGUCCAACUUCCAAUGCUUUACCGUUGGUGGACUUGAGUAAGCUGGAAACCGCUGCACUGAAGAGAUACCGAAGGCACUUUAAACUGGUGGAAGUUGGUCCAAACUCAACCAAGGAGCAGCUUCUGCAUGCUGUCGGUCGACAUUUCAUGUCACAAGAACUGGACGAGGCACAGGUCAUUGCCGCGUUCAUGCAGGCUGCAAAGCGUCCAAGGGCAUAACCCGACAGCUCUCAUACAAUUUAAGCUCAUUUCUACGAUCUCCACAUGCUUGGAAAUCGGGUUUCUGGUGGCAGGGAUGAGGAGCAUACGAUAUAGUUGAGUGGAACAACCAACCUCUGUCGUUGGAUGGUCAGUAGAGUCAACCCUACGUCUCCUCCGGAUUCUAUUGUAACAUAGACAAGACUCGUAUCUGUGAAACUCUUCCCUGGGUUUUUACACAGAAAAGGGGUCCUACUGUAGCCAUUGUCAUUGGAUGAACCUUUUUGGUUACGUCAUUAGUUCCACCAUUUGUACAGAAGAAGCUCGGAUGAGCAGAGGGGGUGGUAGUGUGGUAUGUCUAACUAAUUUCUUAGUUACCUUUCAAUUGCAGUGUACAGAGGAUCAUUUGAUGCACUUGUAGCAGUCUGCUCCGCAUCAACUGUUUUAUUCAAGGAAUAGCAAACGCCCCGUACAGAUCAAGCAAAGAAUUCUGAAGGCUACCCUUGUUCUUUUAUGGGAUCUCACCACCUUGAUGCCCAAGGUUGUAUAUUCUUACUAAUUAAAGGAAGACUUCCCUUCUGUACACA